UAUUUGCCUUUCAAAAUCCUAUCGUGGCUCUCACUUGGUGGCUCAGAGAGGAACCCUAAAAACCAACGAGAGGUGAAAUACGAGCCCAAAAACUACUAAAAUAUCUCAUGGCGGGAACGUCAGUGGUGCCGGCGAAUAGGGGGCGGCGGAAUACGAUGGUGGACGACGAGAAGCUGGUGUUUGAGACGUCGCGGGGAGUGGAGCCGAUCAUGAGUUUUGACCAGAUGGGGAUCAAAGACGAUCUCCUCCGUGGGAUUUACCAACAUGGAUUUGAGAAACCCUCGGCAAUACAACAGAGAGCUGUUAGGCCAAUCAUUGAAGGCCGUGAUGUCAUUGCGCAGGCGCAAUCGGGUACCGGAAAAACCUCCAUGAUUGCGCUUACUGUUUGCCAGAUUGUUGACACCGCUUCAAGAGAGGUCCAAGCUUUGAUUUUGUCACCUACAAGAGAGCUUGCAGCUCAGACAGAGAAACAGAUACUGGCUAUUGGUGAUUUCAUCAGUAUACAAGCCCAUGCAUGCAUUGGAGGAAAAAGUGUUGGGGAGGACAUAAGAAAGCUAGAAAAUGGAGUCCAUGUUGUUUCUGGAACACCCGGCAGAGUCUGCGACAUGAUUAAGAGAAGAACAUUGCGAACUAGAGCUAUUAAAUUACUAAUUCUUGAUGAAUCUGAUGAAAUGUUGAGCCGUGGGUUUAAGGAUCAAAUUUAUGAUGUCUACCGGUACCUUCCACCAGAGCUUCAGGUUGUUUUGGUUUCCGCUACCCUUCCUAACGAAAUAUUGGAGAUUACCAGCAAAUUCAUGACUGAUCCUGUUCGAAUCCUUGUAAAACGUGAUGAAUUGACUCUUGAGGGCAUAAAACAAUUCUUCGUUGCGGUAGAAAGAGAAAAUUGGAAGUUUGAUACUCUCUGUGAUCUGUACGAUACUCUUACAAUUACCCAGGCUGUAAUUUUCUGUAAUACAAAGCGAAAGGUGGAUUGGCUAACUGAGAAGAUGCGGGAGAACAACUUUACUGUGUCGGCCAUGCAUGGAGACAUGCCUCAGAAGGAACGAGAUGCUAUAAUGGAAGAAUUUCGAUCUGGUGUCACCCGUGUUCUUAUUACCACGGAUGUGUGGGCCAGGGGAUUGGAUGUUCAACAGGUUUCUCUGGUGAUCAAUUACGACCUUCCAAAUAACCGAGAGCUCUACAUUCAUCGUAUUGGUCGAUCUGGUCGUUUUGGACGAAAGGGUGUUGCUAUAAACUUUGUGAAGACCGAUGAUAUCAAAAUCCUAAGAGACAUAGAGCAGUACUACAGUACCCAGAUUGAUGAAAUGCCAAUGAAUGUGGCGGACUUGAUAUAAUUGCUUCCAAAAGACCGAGAACAAGACUUGGGUGUUGAAUCAUGUUGUGUUUUGCUGGUUUCCGAGUAACGAGUGGUGCUGAAAAACAUCUGUAAGGUGCUUUGAUUAAAAAUGUGAGAUUGGAGGAUAAUCCAGAAUUCUUGUGGUAUUUGUAGGGUAGGUGUGUUCUUAUUUUGGGAAAUUCAUGUGUUGUGUUGACUUUGUUUUGUGAAUAUAGGAAGGAAUAUGUCAUCUAGAGGCUUGGCAAAUCGGAAGUGACUCUGUUUUAUGCUAAAAUUUGAUGUUCUUUAUUGACUUUUUAUAUGGAUUUGAUUAUUGUUCUACGA